GCGGAGAGCCCUGUCUCUGGAGAGGGAGGAGAAAGGACUACAUGGAGGAGUACAGUGCUUUUAUUCUGGACAGAAUCUGACCCGGAUAACAUCUCUUGUGUCCGAUAGGAAACCAUGAAGUGUCCUUAGUCGGUCUGGGUGUUGUUGCUUCUUUUGUCAGCGUACAGGAAAAUAGCAGAGAGUGGGCUCUGAAGUGCAGGCGCUCCUCCGAGUUGAGUCAGCCCGUACGCUGGAGCCACUGUUUCUCCGAGAAAGGGACGAGUUCAGCAGAGGAAGACCGCGGCAGAACUUUGUGCAAAAAAAUGCAGGGGGUUUCAGCCACCGACCUGCCUGCCUCCUCUCUGCAGUACCAGUGCGGCUCAGUGGACUACCGGUGUUCUCCACAGCUGGUGAAGAAAGGUCCGACCCCCAGACCAUGUCACGACAAGCCUGCCAUCAAACCGCGGCCUCAGCCCUCCACCUCACCCAGACCGCCCACUGCACAGAAACCUCAAGUGCCCCCUAAACCGGCGCACCUGCUCGCCCUUGGGCAAGACAAGAAGCCUAAGAGGAUCCCUCCACCGCCCUCGAGGCCUCUGCCGGCACCCCCUCCCCCUCCGAAACCAAAGCCCAGUGUAACCCCUCCUGGCCAGGGAGCUCAGCCGCAGAGAGAGGCCCAGAAGGUCGGGCUCCUCAUCGAGAGGUUUGAGAAUUCAAGGGUCCCCAUCCUGGGGGUUCUCCCACGGUCACAGCUGCACCUGUGUCUGAGAAUGGACACUGCGUCUGACAUGUCCACCUGCAGCCAGGACACCGCAGCGGAGGUUGCAGGAGGAGACUCCCCACCCGUGGACAAACUUGCACUCGGCACCUCCGAACGGCCCGACGACGUGUCCGAACUUUCCCAUCUGGCCUCCAUGCACAUCGACGGCUCGGACGACGCCGCGCUGGACGACUGCGCCGAGGAGGACAUCGCGCACAGCCUCGGCGACGUGGAGCGCGAGGAGGGCUCGUCCCACAAGCUCCUGGACAAUCCGGACUCCUCGGAGCAGAACGGGAAGAUCCCCAACCGGGACAGUGGCAUCGACAGCCCGUCGUGCACCGCGGAAGGGGAGGUGUUCCCCAACGAGGACGCCAUCGACGAGGAGGACCAUUACGACAGUGUCACUGAAACGGAGAGUGUGUCCUGCUGCGUCACCCUGGACAACAAGCGAGACUCGACGCAGGAUGAGGACAGUGACUUGGACGAGGGGAGCAGUGGCGAGAUACACUCUCUGACAGACACACAGACUGGGUAUCUCACAGAUACACCCUCAGAGGCACACAAAUGCUCGGAGGCUCAGAAGCUCCUGAACAUCGCCAAAGAGCUUCUCCAAACUGAAGAAGCCUACGUAAAAAGACUCAACCUCCUCGACCAGGUAUUUUGCACUAAGCUCACAGAGGCUGGAAUCCCUCAGGACGUCAUUACAGGGAUCUUCUCCAACAUCUCCUCCAUCUACUGCUUCCAUGAUAAGUUCCUGCUGCCGGAGCUCAAGACACGGAUUACGGGAGAAUGGGACUCUAACCCUCGCAUCGGAGACAUCCUCCAGAAACUGGCUCCUUUCAUGAAGAUGUACGGAGAAUAUGUGAAGAACUUUGACCGAGCCAUGGACUUGGUCAACACGUGGACGCAGAGGUCUUCACAGUUCAAGAGUGUCGUCCAGAAUAUCCAGAAACAGGACGUGUGCGGGAACCUGACGCUGCAGCACCACAUGCUGGAGCCGGUCCAGAGGAUCCCUCGCUACGAGCUGCUGUUAAAAGACUACCUGAAGAAGCUGCCUGAUGACGCCCUGGACCGAAAAGAUACAGAAAAAGCGCUGGAGCUCAUCUCUACUGCAGCAAACCACUCCAAUGCAGCCAUCAGGAAAAUGGAAAAGAUGCACAAGCUGUUGGAGGUUUAUGAGAGGCUCGGAGGAGAAGAGGACAUAGUGAACCCGGCCAAUGAGCUCAUCAAAGAAGGACAUAUCAAGAAGAUGUCAGCCAAAAACGGAACAGCACAAGACCGAUACCUCUACUUGUUCAACAACAUGGUGCUAUACUGCGUGCCUAAACUCAGACUGAUGGGACAGAAGUUCAGUGUCCGAGAGAGGAUCGACAUUGCCGGCAUGGAGGUGCAGGAGAACGUGAAGCAGAACCUCCCUCACACGUUUGCCAUCAUCGGUAAACAGCGCUCACUGGAGCUGCAAGCCAGGACGGCUGAGGAGAAAGAAGAUUGGAUACAGGUGAUCAGCGCCACUAUUGAACGGCACAAACAAAACAGCGAGACGUUCAAUAAAGCUUUCAACAGCUCCUUCUCCCGGGAGGAUGACCAUGUGCCUGAGUCACCGGGUCCCUGGAGCAACACGUCCAUGGAUUCAGAUGGUGAAAAACUACAAGAAAGGAAGAGUUCCAAGAAAAAGGAGAAGGAGAAACAGGGCUGUAAGGGCUGCAAUGAGAGCUUCAACUUCACCAAGCGCAAACAUCACUGCAAGUCUUGUGGAGCGGCCAUCUGUGCAAAGUGUUCAAAGACCUUGGACAACAAAACGAGCCGAGUGUGCCCCGAGUGUUUUGAAGCCAGCCUCAGCCUGGACAGUCUGUGUGGUGGUGGUGAGCAGAGAAGAAAAGCCGCCCCUGAGAGACAGACAUCGCUAACAGCGGAGAACUGCCUGCUGUGUGGGAACCUCCAAGUGCAGGAGAAGGGAAAGAGUUGGACAAAGAUGUGGGUGGCUGUCAGCAAGGCUGAGCCGCUGGUGCUGUACUUGCAAACCAGUGGACAGGACACCAAGGGGUCGCGGGCGGUUCCGCUCCCUGGGUUCGAGGUGAGCGCGGUACCGGCAACAGCGGCCGAGAAGUCGGAGGUCAAACACGUGCUCCGGCUCAGUCACACCCAGCAAACUUUGCUCUUAAGUGCCCAGGACGCAGAACUUCAAGCCAAGUGGGUGGACGUCCUCUCCAAAGCCGCCCGCGGAGAAACACCCACGGAGGAAUCAGCGAGCCUGACGGAACACAGGAAGAGCCAGUAGCGCCCUCCCCCUCCCCCUCCCAACCCCCCCGUCGGAUUGAUCAACUCUCCUUCCCUCUCCUGUGUAUAGAGCACACAUUACUUGAAUUCACUUUAUCUCUGCACUUUUUGUUUACCCCCCCUUCGAAAAAGAGGACCACUCAAUCCUCCCUGUGCCACUUCAACCCUGUUAUCACCACACAGUUGUUUCUCCCCCUCCUCCUCCUCCCCCCUCCAUGUUUCCUGUCUUUCCUCGAAGACACACAAAUAAGAACAAUGUCACCAACGCCACUGGUUAGGAUAUUUUAUUUCUCAGUGUUUUCCAGCAGCUGGAGCGGAGCUUUGAAAAACUUCUUUUAUUUGUAAUAUAGCGGAAGAAAGUUCCUGUAUGAUUUGUUUUUGUUUUUUUUUUUUAAAAAAGAAAAAAGAUGAAGAUCCUUGUACAUUAUUCAACAGUGUUGUGAAGCAUUAACUCUUUUGUUGUCUUGUCUUUCCAUUUGUGCGGAUGUGUGCAAGCGUGUGUGCGUGCGUGCGCGUGUAUGUGCAGUAAGUGUGUGUUUUGAGUGUGAGCCCGCUCCUGUGUUGAUUAAGUAUUGGAUGUUAGUGUAAGAAGCCCGUGCCACCUCUCUGUCCUCGGACGCGACGGUGGCUCACCGGGCGUUGUACAGUAUGUAUACUAUAGUAUGAUGUAAGGAAACGGAAGAAAAAAAAAAUUACAUUUAACUUAAAGAGACACAGAAUUGUGUACGUUUGUGGCUGGCCACCUGAUGCUCCCACUGUCCUGAUGCUCCCGUCGUACAGACCCUGUCCUCACGCGCUCUCCUGCGUCGCUAAUCUCACCAACGUUGUCUCUGGACUCUGGACCAUUUUAAGCCUGAUCCAACACACACUUUUACAUCUCUCAUUUUGCGUGAGAACAGGAUCACGCUGCUUCACCUCUGAUCCCGUGCUGUAUGUUCAGACAAUAGCUCCACUCCAGUACCAAUGCAAGCUAAAUACAUCCCGUGUAGUUCUCUCUCUCUCAGCAUAGCAACCGUUUGCCGCUUAUGUCCCUUCAGUGAUGUGAUGGAAACCAAGUACUGUACUGUUAAACAGAUUAUUCUGCCUUGCCUCCUGUACCCUGCUCCUAUCAGCACCAGCCUUUAAGCAAAAGUAGCGCAAAUUAAAAGAAAAAAGAAAAAAAAAAUAGUCAUUGGAUCUCUUUGUGCAUGUAAACUCAAGUCAUAUUUAUGUACCGUGCUAUGAAACCUCGCCCCCGUCGCUCUUUUUUAUGCUCCGGAAUCCAUUCUUGUCGUACUGUAAGUGAGCAGAGUCAACAUUGAGUGUUUUUGAACAUGGAUUGUGCACAGUGGAAAAGCAGUCAAGCAUAUCAUCAAUAAACAGACGUGGUUCGUUCGGUGCCACACUGUCCAAUAA